AUGUGGGCAUGCUUCUUUGGCACUUUGCCCGAGGUAGCUAGUAACAUUUGGAACAGACUAGCUGAAAGCAACAAAAUUUCCAAGGGUGGUGCCCCACGUCAUCUUCUAUAUGCUUAUGUUCUACUCAAGAAGUAUGCUGGCGAUGACGCCAAUGCAAAGAUGGUGAUUCGGAUGGAUCUCCGACUGAUUGGAUGGAACAAGUUGGUCACAAUGGCUUCAAUUGUCUACGAUGCUACUACGUUUGGGUGCUUUGAUAAGUGGCCGUUCGACAGCAAAAUGUGGGAUGUUAAACGCCACAAAGCAGGCCUCAAGUAUGAUGUUGCUAGCUCUAUUCACAAAGGCUACAUUGUCCAUUGGAGCGGUUGGCACGAGGGUGGCAAGUCAGAUAUAAAGAUUUUCCGAGAGGAGCUGAAGUCAAAAUUGGACGCAGGUGAAUGUGUCGGGGCUGAUGCUGGAUCUUCAGGCGAAUGCUGUUUUAAGAAUCCUCAAGUCGCCAAAUCGCGUCGGGAAAGCAGCAAAAGGGUGUUGUUUGUGCAAGACAAGAAUGUGUCUUUUGCAAGUUGA